UGUCAAAAAGUUGUUUUGUUUUUCGCGUUUUUUGUGCACGUCGUACCGAAACGGAAACAUCUCCACGAUUUUGUAAAAUUUUACUGAAGAAAAAAACAAUUACAAUCAAAUUUAAUUUGUUAAAUACACAACAUCAAAAUACCGUUGUUCGAAUAGUGUAAAAGUAGAUGCUGUAGUAAAAAAUGGGCAAAAAGAAGGCUAAUCAACUGGGUCGGUCCCUAAUUAAAGACCGUUUCGGUCAAGGAAACCGAAAGACCGUAGAUAACAAUAGUAUGCUGCACACAACCGAGGUCCAGGAUGGAUACGAUUGGGGACGGUUGAACUUGCAAUCCGUCACGGAGGAGUCGUCCUUUCAGGAUUUUUUACGAACGGCCGAACUGGCAGGUACGGAAUUCCAAGCGGAAAAACUGAACAUCACCUACGUCAACCCGAAGGCAAAGGUUGGACUGCUGACUACAAACGAACGUGUGGCCAUCGAACGGAAGCAGGUGGAUAAGAAAGGAUUGCUAAAGAUUCCGAGGAGGCCAAAAUGGACGAAAGAGACAACCCCCGACGAGUUGCAAACGAUGGAAAAUGAGAAUUUUCUGGACUGGAGACGGGGAUUGGCUGCGCUACAGGAGGAGGACGGGAUGUUGAUGACUCCGUACGAACGGAACCUGGACUUCUGGAGGCAGUUGUGGAGAGUGGUGGAGCGGUCGGAUAUAGUGGUGCAGAUUGUGGACGGUCGUAAUCCGUUGCUUUUCCGGAGUGAAGAUUUGGAACGGUAUGUGAAGGAGGUAGACGAACGUAAGAUGAACAUGAUUUUGAUCAACAAGUCGGACUUUUUAAACGAGGAUCAACGCACGGCUUGGGCACGGUAUUUUGACGAGCAGGGUGUUAGGGUGGCGUUUUUCUCGGCGGCUCAGUCCGUGGAAGAAGCAGAGCGAGAACAAGAGGAACGAGAAGCUGAUGGAGGGCAGGAUGAGGAGGACGGAGAAGUUGAUGAGGAGCUGGGUGAAAAACUGAAGAGUUUAGAGGUGAAAGUCGAUCAAGCGGAAAAAGCACUGGAAAAGUUGGAAGAGAAAAUCGAAGAGCUUACGGAUGAUGGUAGCGCGAGCUCAUCGUUGGAUUCCACUUCCAAAGUACUUAAUAGUUCAAAAAUUUUAACGAAUACUGAACUAAUCGCGUUGUUCAAAGAUUUGCACAAAGAAGAACGAGUAACCAAAGGUUUGGUCACGGUCGGUUUAGUUGGUUAUCCAAACGUCGGCAAAAGCAGUACAAUCAAUGCCGUGUUCCUAGAGAAGAAAGUAUCCGUUUCGGCCACUCCCGGCAAAACCAAACAUUUCCAGACACUUUACGUGGACAGUGAACUAUUGUUCUGCGAUUGCCCGGGUUUGGUUAUGCCGAGCUUCUGCACCACGAAGGCGGAUAUGAUCCUAAACGGUAUUCUACCAAUCGAUCAGAUGCGAGACCAUGUUCCUCCGGUGAAUUUGUUGUGUACGCUCAUUCCAAGGCACAUCCUGGAAGACACGUACGGAAUCAUGAUAACAAAACCGUUGGAGGCCGAGGACCCGAAUCGUCCACCGUUUGCCGAAGAAUUCUUGCUAGCGUUUGCCUACAAUCGGGGUUAUAUGACUGCUAAUGGACAGCCGGAUCAGUCCCGGGGAUCGCGAUACGUCUUAAAGGACUUCGUCAACGGAAAGUUGUUGUACUGCCAUGCUCCACCGAAUGCAGACCAGAAGGAGUUUCAUGAGUUUCCGGAGCGGCAGAAGGGAGAAGUUGACGUUAAGCUGUUGCCACCUCGACAACAAAGAGCCAUGAAGAUGGGCACCACAACUGGCCUCGACGUGGACAAUCAAUUCUUCCACCAACGCUCCGCCACAGGAUUCAUCAAGGGUCGCAGUGAUUUCCCAAACGUUCGGGUACCGGGUGCAGCAAAACCGCAGCAGGAAGCGGGUGUAAUCGUGGCGGGCAAACCGUGGAAACAUCAGAAACGAGAGAAACGGGAAAAGCUCCGCAGGAAGUAUGCCCAUCUUGAUCAGCAUUGAGUACGGGUCAAGGAAACUCGCCAGUUGGUUAAACACUGUCUUUGUAACUUUAUUGUGUUUUGUUGUACAAAAGAGGAAAUUACACAUCUUUUAUAUUAAAUAUAAAUAUGUAUCAUCAUAAUAUAGUUUGCUUACAGAGUAAUAUCGAA